CUAGGACGGUUCAAUGAAAACCCUAAAAACAGCCCUUUAACCGUGCACCCGAAACAACCCGACUCCCUGAAUUCCUCGCCGCCGUCUCAACCCACCCACCCACCCAUGGCCGCCAACGCCGCCGAAGCCCCCUCCGCGGUGCCCCCGUCGGUGGUCUCCGCCGCCGAAGAGACGCUCGCGGCCGCCGAGUCCGUCGGGGACCACCUCUCCCAGCUGCUCGCGGCGGCGGCCGAGGACCCCGACGCCGUGGCCGAGCUCCCGCCCCUGCUCCGGGCGCGCGCCUUCCUUGCCGUGGCGCAGGCCGCGACCUCCCUCUUUUCAGUGCGGCUAAGGUGUUCGGGAAUUGACCCUAACGAGCACACUAUCAGAAAGGAGUUUGAGAGGUUAAGCCUGUGGCAGGAGAAGUUAAAUCGAUUUGAGGACUGGGAUAAGGCACCACUUCGCCCUACUACUACACUGAAUACACAAGCAGCAGCAAGGUUCAUUGGACGCUCACUGCCCCAUUUGACAUCUGAUCAGAAGAGGAGCAUGCAGGCAAUCAGUAGAGGAGGAGGAAGAGGCUGGUCUGGGCACAAGAGAAAGCCAGAGCCCGCACCAGAGAAGAAAUCUGUUCGUGCUGCUGCAGAAGAGUUCCUUGCAAAGGCUGCUCAGGAACUUAUUGGGCAUAGUGAUAGCAGGGUGAAGGGCCCUGUUAGACUCGUUCCUGAUGAAGAUGAGGACUAGAUCAGUAUGUUAGUUUUGUCAAGAUAUCAGCAAAAAUGGAUGCUUGGCAGGUGACAUGCCUGCUUCAGCGGCUGUGAAAAGCAAGAUACAGUUCUGGAUGAUGAAGAUAAAUUUACCUACAGUGCUGUGUUGUAAAUGGGAACAGGGAAUGGAGCAGAGGCUUGCUUGCUUCCUAUGUUGCGGAAGCAAUUGGCUUCAAAUCUAUUAGUGCUGUUUAUCUUAAUUUCUUUCCAGAGAAAAUUUUGACUUCUUUUUAUUAGUGGAGCUGGAGUAACUAUAUGGUGAGUGUUGUGCAAUACCCUUAAUAAUGGGUGUUGUCUAUAUUACUUCUCGAAUGGCAACUAGAUUUGCCAAAAAUUUUGAACCUGCAAUUUUUGGGGUACUCAGACGUCUGCUAUAUUAAUGUUAAUUGAUGAGCAGCUUUUGCA